GGAUAUGGACCUUCGUCAGUUUCUGGGGUUCCUCUUUGCCAUGGGACUCUCUGGGGUAGGAGCCACAGGAACCCUGAGGACCUCCCUUCACCCAAGCUUGGAGAUCUACAAAAAGAUGUUUGAGGUGAAGCGCCGGGAGCAGCUGCUGGCGCUGAAGAACCUGGCGCAGCUGGACGACAUCCAUCAGCAGUACAAGAUCCUUGAUGUCAUGCUCAAAGGGCUCUUUAAGGUGCUGGAGGACUCCCGGACAGUGCUCAUUGCUGCCGACGUGCUCCCGGAGGGACCCUUCCCCCAGGAUGAGAAGCUGAAGGAUGCCUUUUCACACGUGUUGGAGAACACAGCCUUCUUCGGCGACGUGGUACUGCGCUUCCCCAGGAUCGUGCACCAUUACUUCGACCACAACUCCAACUGGAACCUCCUUAUCCGCUGGGGCAUCAGCUUCUGCAACCAAACAGGCGUCUUUGACCAGGGACCCCACUCGCCCAUCCUUGGCCUCAUGGCGCAGGAGCUGGGGAUCAGCGAGAAAGAUUCCGACUUCCAGAACCCAUUUAAAGUAGACCACACAGAGUUCAUUCCUAGCACCGACCCUUUCCAAAAGGCUCUGAGAGAAGAGGAGAAACGCCGGAAGAAAGAGGAGAAGCGGAAAGAGAUCCGGAAAGGCCCUCGGAUUUCCAGGUCCCAGUCCGAAUUAUAGCCCCCGCGCAGCUCACGG